AUGCUAUCCCUCGCCCUCAAGCUCCUCCUAGCCUUUGCCAUCCCACUCAUCUCAGCCCUGAAGUUCGACAUUCAAGCCCAUCCUGGGCACGAAAGCGCCAGCAAAGAACGCUGUAUCCGCAACUUCGUCGCCAAAGACCAACUCGUCGUCGUCACCGCCACAGUCAGCGGGAGUCGAGGCGAUGGCCAGAUCCUGAACAUGCACAUCAAAGACGCAGUUGGCAACGACUACGCCCGCCCCCGCGACGUCGCGGGCGAAAACCGCCUAGCCUUCACCUCCCACGCCGACUCCGCCUUCGACGUCUGCUUCGAGAACAUCCUCUCCCACACCCCCCACGCAUCCGCAAUGGCCAGCACGCGGCACAUCGAACUAGACAUCGACAUCGGCGCCGACGCGAAAGACUGGAGUGCCAUUCAGGCCGGGGAGAAGCUGAAACCGGUGGAGGCGGAGUUGCGGCGGUUGAGUGAAAGUGCGAAGGAGGUGGCGGAUGAGAUGGAUUAUCUUCGGACGCGGGAGAUUAAACUCCGGGAUACGAAUGAGAGUACGAAUGAGAGGGUUAAGUGGUUUGCGGUGGGGACGAUGGGGAUGUUGGUUUCCCUUGGGGUGUGGCAGAUUGUUUACUUGAGGGCGUAUUUUCGGAGUAAGCAUUUGAUUUAG